UCGAUACCACUGGGAGAAGUCCAAUCCCGUGCUCUUGGCCAGAAAGAUUGGAACCGACAACUGGGUGUUGCUUAAGGCCAGAAGUUGCGAAGCCGAGUGGGACAAGUCAAACGAGGCCCUACGAACGCAUGACGUUGCGGCUCAACUGCAACAAUUGGGUCUGAAGGACAGUCAUGCAGUGAUCCGUUUGGCCUGCCCUGAUAUGGUGACUAACGGACCAUACACCCAAGGAAUGACAAAGUGGGAACGCUUGCGCUUUUUUGAUACCGCUUUGAAUCGUCGGGCAAAGACUGGUUUCCAUUACUGGGGAUACGAAAAACCGAAGCCCACAAA